AUGACUAUUUCUUGCACUAACAUGCCCUCUGCCAAAAACAUAUUAUCCAUGGCAGCCUCUCUGGGAGCUUCGGCAAUGCUCAUCCGGACUAUAUUGCAUGAUUUCAUUCCUCAUGAGGUGCAAGAUUAUAUCUUCUCUAGACUUCGGAGAUUCAUCAACCAUUUCUCCUCCCAACUCACUAUUAUCAUCGAGGAAUUUGAUGAGCUCACAAACAAUAAAGUCUACGAGGCUGCAGAGAUCUACUUGGGCAACAUGAGCUCUCCCAACACCCAAACACUAAGAAUUAUCAAAUCCGAAGAGGAGAAGAGCCUCAAGGUCGCAAUGGGAAGAAAUGAAGAGAUAGUUGAUACCUUUGAUGGUAUUCAAUUCAAAUGGAGUUUGGUUUGCACCCAAAUCGAAUCCAAGGUUUUCCACGACCCACGAAACAUAAAUUCCUCCUUUCGAACAGAAAUCCGGUCAUUCGAGCUCAGUUUUCAUAAGAAAUACAAAGAGAAGGUGUUACAAUCUUAUUUGCCCUACAUAUUGGAGCAAUCCAAUUCCGUGAAAGAAGAGAAUAAGACAGUGAAGCUCUUCACUGUGAACGAACUUGACAACUCGCAAGAUGCAUGGAUUUCCAUAUACCUGGAUCACCCUGCAACUUUUGAUACAUUGGCGAUGGAUGUGGAGCUCAAGAGGAUGGUAAUAGAAGAUCUGGAGAGAUUUGUUCAGAGGAAAGAGUUCUAUAGGAGAGUUGGAAAGGCUUGGAAACGUGGUUACCUCUUGUAUAGCCCUCAUGGAACAGGUAAAUCGAGCUUUAUUGCUGCCAUGGCCAAUUACCUCAACUUGCAGCUCAGUUACCUCUGGUGCAACUCUGAACUGAGGAGAUUGUUGACAGCAAUGGCAAACCGAUCCUUACUAGUUGUGGAAGAUAUUGACUGCACAGUGAAGUUUCAUGACCGACAAGGUGAGGGUAGAGCUUCACAACAAGAGACACAGUUAACCCUAUCAAAGCUUCUAAAUUUUAUAGAUGGCCUAUGGUCAAGUUGUGGGGAUGAGCGGAUCAUUGUGUUUACAACCAACCACAAGAACCGAUUAGACUAUGCAUUGCUUCGCCCUGGUUGCAUGGACAUGCACAUUAACAUGUCCUUUUGCACUCCUUGUGGGUUCAAGCUCCUUGCUUCUAAUUAUCUCCAGAUUAAUGAUCACCCACUCUUCACAGAGAUUGAAGAGCUAAUACAGAAAGUUGAGGUCACUCCUGCAAUGGUAGCUGAGGAGCUCAUGAAGAGAGGGAAUCUAGAAGUUACACAUAAGGGCCUCCUUGAAUUCUUGCAGUCUAAGAACAAGGAAAGUGAGGAAGCAAAGAUCAUUAAUGAAACCAAAAAAGGAGAACCAGACCAGUAA